AUGGGUAACGUCUCGAGCAGGCCCGACGACGGCGCCGCGCUCUAUCUCAGCGACCAGAAUCGAUUAUCUAUCGCAUCGCUUGUCAUAAGCAACACCCGGAAGCGCACAUCUAUCAUCAUCUCCCCCAAUGCAUUUCCCGCCACAAGAGUAUCAGCAUCGCGCCCCGCCGGCGACAAUGCCCCAGUUGAGUUCAUACAGGAUCCCGACUUGGCGACGAACCCCGGCGCGCCUGCCUUCCUGCUAAAGCUCAGCAACGACGACGAGCUCAUGUUCACGUUUACCUUCAACGUCCGCCAGACACCGACGACGAGCCCCGACCCGAACAGUAAUACCGUAGACACCCAGAUUAACGGUCUAACAUACGUCUACGCACCAACCUCCAGGGAGGUCGAGAAUCUCGUCACGCGGGAAUUCCAUGCCGACCCUAACCUACACAAGAACUCCAACGUCGAGCUUAUCGGCGACUUCACAACUGGUGGCAGCGGCUCUGUCACUUUCGACUGGGCUUGGAAGUGGAAACCACCGAGGAAUUCCGAGGAUUCAGGUGGUGGAUGGAGGAAUUCCUGCAGCUUUGUGCAAUACGACUCGCGCGCCCAUGAGCUGCAGACCCUCGCCAGCUUCUCAUUCUGGGUCCAGAAUACGUCGCCCUACCUCAGCCAGCCCAGCUCCCCGCCGCCCUUCCUACUGACCGUACCGCCGAGAAGCCGCGGUGCAUCGUCCCAGUCCGUCGAACCUAAUGACGACGUAUCCGCAUCGGACGAUGGCCCCGUCUUCCGCGCGACGAUGAAGGCGCUGGAGCAAAAGACUGGGAACAUGCGGACCCAGAUGAAGCGCAUGAUCAAGAAGGCAGAGGCUGCCCACGCAGCACAGAUCGAGGCAAACGAUGCGCAAGUGGCCUUUGUCGAAUCGCUCCGGGGCGCGUCCUCCACCAACGCCAACGCCGUCCAGCCGGCCAUCGAGCACUAUUUUGACAAGAUUGCACGGGAGAUCCUAAGCUACGAGAGGCAAAACACGCUCAACCUGCAGAAGAUAGUGAUCGAGCCGCUGAGCAAGUUGUAUCAGAUCGACAUCAAACAAGCCGAGGCCAAGAAGCGGGACUUCGAGGAGGAAAGCAAGGACUUCUAUGCCUACGUUGGUCGGUAUCUCGGUCAGCGACACGAUUCCGUCAAAGCCAAGCACAGCGACACCAAGUACCAGACGAAGCGGCGCAAUUUCGAGCUCAAGCGCUUCGACUACUCGUCGUUUAUGCAGGACCUAUCAGGGGGCCGCAAGGAACAAGAAGUGUUAUCACACCUCACUAGAUAUGCGGAUGCCCAGGCCCGGGCUUACCUGCAGGCUUCCAAAAAGGUGGAAAGACUGCUCCCGCAGCUGGAGGCCCUGUCGAGCGAGGUUCAGGUGGCGGACAAGGAGUACCAGUACCAACGGCGAGAGCGCGAGGAAAAACGGAGGCUCCUCGAGAAGAGCAACCUCAACUACGUGGAGCCAGAGUCCAUCCCCUCUUCGGUGUCGGGCAACGCCGCGAACGGGAACACAUCCGACACAGAGAUAAGCAGGGCGGACAGCACGGGCUCACAGCUCAAGUCGAUCGCGAUCAGCAGCUCAAACACACCAGCCCCUAGCACCGGUGACCUCUCCAGGUCCCCUGGCAGCCUGAGCCACGCCAUGCUGGCCAGUCCGUCCCAGGGCUCAAAGUUCAAGGGAAUCCGGGACCUGGAAGAGCGCGAUACCACCCAGACCGAGACGGAAUCGCAGAGGAAGGAAGGGCUCUUGUGGGCUUUGAACCGCCCUGGCGGACAUGUCGACCCUCGCAACCUGAAUAAGCAGGGUUGGCACAAGUUCUGGAUUGUCCUGGACGGGGGCAAGCUCUCAGAGUAUAGUAAUUGGAAGCAAAGGCUCGACCUGCACAUGGACCCCAUCGAUCUGCGCAUGGCAUCCGUGAGAGAAGCAAGGAACGCGGAGCGUCGUUUCUGUUUCGAAGUCAUCACCCCGUACUUCAAGCGAGUCUACCAGGCGACGUCCGAGGAGGACAUGAACAGCUGGAUCACAGCCAUCAACAACGCGCUGCAGAGCGCCGUCGAGCGGGGCCUGAAGGACCAGCCGGCACAUUCCAGCACGCCGUCAAACGACUCCGGGUCCUUCAGGAGAGACAUCGGGUCCAUCCUGACAGGUAAGAGCCCAUCGCUUGGCCACGCACAGGCACACCCGCCGUCAUCAAACAUGCCCGGCCGGCGGACGACCGUGGGUGCUCGGCCACAGACAGGGCGUGCCCCCAGCGGUGGCACCUUUGAUGAGAGCCCUGACAAGCUGCUCCAAAUGCUCCGCGACAACGACCAGGGGAACUGUUGGUGUGCUGAUUGCGGCUCCGGGUCCAAGGUCGAAUGGGUCUCCAUCAACCUUGCCAUCAUCCUUUGUAUCGAGUGCAGCGGAAUCCACAGGUCAUUAGGAACACACAUCAGCAAGGUCCGAUCGCUAACCCUGGACAUCACGUCUUUCACGCCUGACAUUGUCGAGCUGCUCCUGCUGGUGGGCAACCGUGUCUCCAAUAUGAUCUGGGAGUCAAGGUUGGAGCCCGGCAUGAAGCCCUCGCCUCAGGCGACCCGCGAGCAGAGGCUUCGCUUCAUCACCUCAAAGUACGUGGACAGGGCUUUUGUCGAGCCAAUCUCGGCAACACUGUCCAGAUAUCCCUCCCCCGAUGACACGCUUCUCGCGGCCAUCAAAAAGAACGAGAUCCAGCAAGUCAUCUAUGCCCUCGCCCUCCGCGCCAACCCCAACGUCGCCGACAAGUCCCGCGGCACCCAUCCCGUAUUCCUUGCCCUCGCAGCCGCCGAUCCCGCAUCUCCAAGCCCGGCAGUCUCCCCUCAACCGCCACCGUCGGCUGACGCCAAGACCGUCCCAUUUCCCAUCGCCGAGAUGCUCUUGCAGAAUGGCGCUGAGGUCCCUACCGGGUUACCCGCGUUCCCGCUCAGCCGCAGUGCCCUGCAGUAUCUCGACAACAAGCGGGGGAAGUCAACGCCCGGGUCGUUCCUGACGGGCACCACCGGUAUCGACGGCGUGGGUAGCCUUCCCACCGGCAGCAGCAGCAGCGGGGCGAGUCCGCUGGCGUCUAAGGACAAGGAGGGCCGGAUCGCGAAGCGGGCCAGUGCGGGUGGUAGGCUGGCCAAGUCACCCAUUCCCGAGAGAUAG